AUGACAAGCGAAAAUGAAUUAGCGGGCGGAACGCGAGCGCAAAAUUUAUCGUUACCGAUUGAAUUAUCCGCAGAAAAAAUCCAAGAUUUUCAAGCAUCGUUUUCUCUUAUGGAUAUUCGGGCCAAAGGUUUUAUCGGUCCGGAUGAUCUUCUUCAAGUUGCAAAAGCCGCAGAUAUGAAAAUUUCGGUAGACGAAGCGCAUUUGUUAAUUGGAUCAACUAAUGAAGAUCAAUCAGGUGGAAUCGAUAUGAAAGAGUUUCUUUCCAUCAUGACAACACCGAUUAAUCAACAAGAUCUUGAAGAAGAACUUCGAGGAACAUUUAAUGUUUUUGAUAAAGAUAAAAAUGGAACAAUUAAUGCAAAUGAAUUAAAAAAAUUCGUUCGAUUUUGGGAUUGUGAAUUAACUGAAGACGAAGCUGAUGAUAUGAUUAACCAAGCCGAUCCGAACAAAACUGGCUCAAUUAAUUAUCACGAUUUUAUUGAAUUUCUUUUACAUACAUAA